CGCACAUGCCAGAGAGAAACCUGAGAGGGAGCGAGACACCAUAGUAGAGACAAAGCGUGCCAUUUUACCACAUAAAAUUCGGAAAACGGCCAAAAACAAAGCAGCACCUACAAGAUGAGGCCACCUCGUCCAAAGUUCCUGCCUUUCGACAGGGCGCGCGAAAUCAUACAUGCCUACAAUUUCAAGAAUUUGCGAACGUGGCGGGCUUGGUGUGCAGCUGGAAAGCGACCAAAGAAUAUUCCCAGUGCUCCGAACCAUUACUACAAAAACAGUGGCUGGUGUGACUUUCCCGACUGGCUGGGAUAUCGAAAAAGAGCAGCCGUCACUCGUGGCCACGACACAGGCGAGGCCAGCAUCAGAUCCAGUAAUUCAAUACUGCCCGCGAAGGAACUUUUCCUUUCACACGCUGCGAAUUUACCGUAUCAAUUUGACUUGCUUCCCCACCGCGCACUCGCACAUGUAGCUUAUCGGACGGAGGAGGAUGCGCAGCAGGAUUUGUGGUGCCCUUUGGUUUUGAGGUCGAUGACGCACCAGUACACCGAAAGAUCGCAUCUGUACGUUCGCCCACCGGGGUGCCGCGUCGGUAGAGGAGUGCUGUUCAUCCUGGUGGCAGAGAAGCGCUUCUUCUUCUUUCCGUUUGAUUUUUUGGACUCGUGUUUCCAACACAAGAAUGCCUGGGCCUUGCACCGAGUUCCGAUGGAGCGGGCCCGAGAGUACGAAGUCUUCGACAAUGCCGCGUUGCACGACUGUUUGGAAAAGCACUACAGCUGCGCGACUCUCCUUCACGAGACUGAGCUUCCGUCGACUCUCUUCUCCGGUCACGUCGACGUUUUGCUGAACACCCUCGUACAGCAAGCGGUCGCCUUCUUCCGCACAGUGUGCCGUUUGACUCUCAAGCGUCCUACCUCGGUAACGUCCGACGCACACUACGAAACUGCUGGCGGAAAGACUUUGGUUUUCCGGUGCAACAGCUUACCGACCGCGCGGGCUUUCCGAAACGGUCGCAAAGUGGCACUUGGAUUGCCGCGCGAGCUUAAUAGCUCGCGCGACGGAUUCAGCAGUUGCGCAGCAGAGCGUUGUCCUGACUACAUAGUAACUCUGUGGCGCGACGAAGAAGAGCAAGCAUUUGACGACGACGGUGCUGCAGCUCGUGUCCCGUUUGCAGCUGAGAAAGCUCGUCUGCGGGCCUUAUUUAUUUUUCCGCGGCGGUUUCUACAAGAAAAAGGCCGACUAUCUGAACUAGAUAACGAGAAGCAGAGCGGAAGGCAAAGUCUCUACGUCUAUCCACCUUGGACCACACCAGUGCGAAGCGAUUCCCGCCAACGAAAACUGGAGCAAGAGCAAUUUUGUAUCGAUUUGUCUCCAGAAGCAGAUAAAGCCGCAUCUGUUGCAAAGGUGCACAAAAUUUUAGAGUCAGAGGAUUUUCCCGAGAACAGUCACGGUGAAAGACCGUCAUCGCUUCUUGUUGCAGCAUGAGUUAGCAUCACGGUAUACAUAGAGAUUCUGAA